AUGACCGUCUUGGGAAUCCGACGAAUGAAUUCAAUAUCGAGUCGAGAGAUCCACCAGCGAGUGCGACGGCUGAUUCAAAGUCAAAUACUCGGUCACCUCCUUCGAAUCGCCAUCUCUCUUCUUCUCUUACCGCUAGACAAUACAGUCAUUUUUGUGGCGGAGGUUGCGUGGUUCCUUUCACCGUACUCGCUGUGGCUGAGUACAAUCAACGGAAGACAUGCGAUACUGCGAGAUGUGCAAUUUCGCCCAAAGACCAUCCUCGUUACCGGGGUAGAUAGCCCUCACGGCCUACGUAUCGCACGUUGCUGGUAUAAUGAGGGCCAUCGGGUGGUGGGUGCAGCUAUCAAGGAGGCAAGGUUCGCCUCAGGAGAGAGCAUGUCGAAAGCCCUUGUGGCCUACUACCGCAUUCCGAACUCGCAGUAUGUCUCGAGGUUGCUGGAUAUAGUACUGAGGGAGAAAGUGGACAUAUGGAUCCCAUGCUCGCAAGAUACUUCCGCCAUUGACGACGGCAUGGCAAAGCAAGCAAUCGAGAGCAGAACGAGCUGCAAGUGCGUAACUCUCGACACCGAGCUGGCAUCUCAAUGGAACCAAACAGAGUCAUUCGUCCAGUAUCUCAUCGACCAUGGCCACCCAGUUGUCGAGAACCAUCAAGUCCAGUCGCGUGACUCUAUCCACAGAAUUCUGCAUCGGUCGCCGACGAAGAUCUAUCACAUACGCCAGACAGUUCCAGGCAACAAUGGGGAGAAAAUAAUCGUCUUGCCGAAGAGAACCCUAAGCUCAACCUACUCUGAAGUCAGCGAAAUCAAGGUCUCCAAAGACAGUCCAUGGGCUAUGGAGCAGCAUGCGCGUCUCGGAGAGUUCGUCGCGGAGGUGUUGAUCAUUCGCGGUCAUGUCACUGCUAUCAGAGUCCAUCCUGCCGGUCGAGAAUCGGACUGCGGAUGUUCACGCUUGAAUGAAGGACUUUCAGCGGCAGCCCGUCAGGUCAUGGAAGACCUCGCAUGUAAAGGUGGCCAUCGAUUAACCGGACACUUCCUCGUGCGAUUGAUGGUUGACGAAGAACUGCAUUUGAACUCGGUUCGCUAUGAGGUGCGCAUUGCAGGCUGUGCGCAAGGCGCGGCUGCCAUUGCACGACUUUUGCAGGAUACGCCUUCGCGCACUCUGGUCGACGGAUACUUGACUAUACUACCAGAGAAUGCACCUGGCGCAUUGGUAAAUGGCCUCAACCGUCCUGAGAUUAGCAUAAGUAUGCUCUCGCACCGACCGAGCUUUUAUGAGGCAUUCAAGAGCUAUGCCACUCGCGAUAUUAAUCCUGCACUGUGUCCUCUAGCACAACAAGUUAAUUGGGCUAUGGAUGAAGCAGCAAAGCUCGUACUGUUCUGGACGAAUUGGCGAUUCUCAAUCACGGAUCCAUUGCCAUGGUGGUGGCAUAACCAUGUUUCGUGGCCAUUGACAGAGCUGGAUCUGUUGCUCCAAUCGAUCAAGCGAGCUUUAGCCUCGUAA